CCAGUUAGAGAAACUUGCAGAAGAAGAAGAGAAGCAACAACAAACAUGUGAGUGUGUACAGUAGAUGCCUUCAUAAGAGUUUUAUUAGCGGGGGAAUCACUAUAAAGUCCAUCUGCUCAUUUUAAACGUUUAACGUUCGUCAUCUGCUAGUAUCGGAAUGAAUGAUGCAUUAGUAGUACUAGUAAACCAUCUAACUUAACGUAAACAUGAAGCUUAAAGAGUUGGAGAGCUGUCUUCAGCAGGUCGACGGAUUUGAGGAGCCCAAGAUUCUCCUCGAGCAGUAUCCCACCAGCCCUCAUAUAGCAGGCUGUAUGUUAUACACCAUCCACAACACAUUUGAUGACAUAGAGAACAAACUUGUGGCUGACCUGGGCUGUGGCUGCGGGGUGUUGUCUAUAGGAGCUGCAGUCCUUGAUGCUGGACUUUGUGUGGGAUUUGACGUUGACGAAGAUGCUUUGGAGAUUUUUAAAAGAAACGUUGAAGAAUUUGAACUUUACAACGUUGAUGUCGUCCAGUGUGACGUUUGCGCUAUUGGAUCCUUGUACGACAAGAAGUUUGACACGGUUAUCAUGAAUCCUCCAUUCGGCACAAAACACAACCAGGGUAUUGACAUGCAGUUCCUAAAGACGGCCAUAUCCAUGGCCAGAACGGCGGUGUAUUCUCUUCACAAGACCUCCACACGAGAUCACAUCCAGAAGAAAGCUAAAGAUUGGAAAGUGAACAUGGAAGUCAUUGCAGAGCUUAGAUAUGACCUACCAGCAUCUUACAAGUUUCACAAAAAGAAGUCGGUUGACAUUCAAGUGGACUUCAUUCGUUUCACUCCGACAUAAAAAUAAUUGUCUGUUUCUUGACAAAUGUUUCAUUUUUUUUAAAACAAACACUGCUGCUCAAAAUAAAUUUUAGAACUAAACAUGUUUAUGUCAUAAUUUACAAAAACUACUGUUGUAAUUUUAUUUCAGCAUACACAGUUAAACAACCAUUUCAUAUUACUAAAAUUAUAAUAACAGUCAGAUCAAAGAUCAACUAAAACAUAUUGUGCCACAAACCAUAUUUAUCCUCAUCACAAAUCAACCCAUAUUGGUAACACUUUACAAUAAGGUUGUAUUAGUAAAAAUGUGUGAAUGCAUUAACUAACAUGACUAAACAUUGAACAAUAAGAAAGAAGAAGAAAAGAUGGAUUUGUUUCUGCACACACACUGGCGACUCAUUUUCUAAUAGAAACACAUUUAAAAGUGCAUUUUCUAGGACAAGGGGGCAUUCAGUUUAGUAAUGGCAAUACAGUUAUUUAUGUUAGUUCAUAGUGCAUUAAAGGAAAACACCACCAUUUUUCAAUAUUUUACUAUGUUCUUACCUCAACUUAGACAAAUUAAUACAUACCUAUCUUUAGUUAAUGCAUGCACUUAAUCUUAGUACAGCGUGUCAAGAAUGUGUUAGCAUUUAGCCUAGCCCCAUUCAUUCCUUGGGAUCCAAACAGGGAAGUAUUUAGAAGCCACCAAACACUUCCAUGUUUUC